AUGGAAGAGUUAUCUACAAUAUGUAUGAAUAAAAAUAAUAAUGAAGAAAAAAUAGUUUAUAUAAAAAGCAUAGGAAAUUUUUCCAAAAAAAUAAAAUUUGAUGAUGAUUGCAGAAUUAAUGAAGUUCUAAAAAAAAAUAAUUUAUUAAAUGAUAAUGACACACAUUUAUAUCAAAUAAAAAAUAAGCUCAUUGAUUUAGAUAAAACAUUCUCAUAUUAUAAUGUAAAUGAUGGAGAUAUUAUUUACAUUUUACCUUCACCUUCUCCUCUUCCUUACUUAAUAUAUUUAUUUCAUCAAAAAACAGGGAGAGUUCAUUGUAUUGAAUUAAAUCAUGAAGAUUCCGUUAAUUCACUUCAUAAGAAAGUUGAGAAAAUAUUAAAAAUAAAAGAAGAAGAUCAAAUACUAAUAUACAGUGGAAAAUGUUUACAAAAUAAAAAGACUCUAAAAGAGGAAAAGUUAGCAAGAGAAAGUUUAGUUACAAUCCUAAAUAAAAAAGACAUACCUGAAAUAGAUAAUGAAAACUAA